CCGUUUAUUCUGUUUUUAUAUCCGCGAAGUGCAGAGUUUGACGCUAUGGCAAGAACCAAGCAGACCGCCCGUAAGUCCACCGGUGGCAAGGCGCCAAGGAAGCAGCUCGCCACUAAGGCUGCCCGCAAGAGCGCGCCGGCUACCGGCGGCGUGAAGAAGCCUCAUCGUUACAGGCCUGGCACCGUGGCUCUCAGGGAGAUCCGCCGUUAUCAGAAGUCUACUGAGCUGCUCAUCCGCAAGCUACCCUUCCAGCGCCUGGUGAGAGAAAUCGCUCAGGACUUCAAGACCGACUUGCGUUUCCAGAGCUCGGCCGUCAUGGCCCUGCAGGAAGCGAGCGAGGCAUACCUGGUCGGUCUGUUCGAGGACACCAACCUGUGCGCUAUCCACGCCAAGAGAGUGACCAUCAUGCCCAAGGAUAUUCAGCUGGCCCGCCGUAUUCGCGGAGAACGCGCUUAAACCACAACUCCGUCUAAUAAACACAAAGGCUCUUUUAAGA